UUGGGUUUGCCCUCUCUUCCCUCUCUCCAUCCCCGAAAAGCUGUCUCUAACUCUAACCCAAACCCUUGAAAACGAAACCGUCGUAACCCAGAAAUUCUCUAUUUCUAAUUCCAGUGGCCUUUCUCCUUUGAAUCUUUUCAUUUCAAUGGCGGAAUCACUAUCUCCUCAUGGAAACCUGAAAGAGUUGACAGACUCGGAGAUGGAAGCAGCUCAGCAGCUGAUGCAAUUAAGCGCAGACACCGAAGAGAGCAGCAACAAGGAAGAGAAGAACCAGAGCCAAGAUGAUAUCUCAUCCUCAUCCAGAAUUAAAGAAGACAUAUUCAGAAAGGAAGCAGUUGUUUUCCGACGCAAGGAAAGGCGGUUCCGAUCCCUUACGUCCAUUUACAUGUCGACGGAACCUUUACAAGUCGUCGUCCCUGCAGCCAAGAAGAUGAGAUACUGACUGGGAAUGGUUUGAGUUUAGGAAGCAAGAAUUAAUUCGCGUCUCUAACUCCAAUCACCCCCCCCCCCCAAAUUUGCUGCGUUGUUCUUUGCUUUUUCUUUGCUACUGAUAGACAUGACAAACG